GGGAGUUUUGAGCUACACUCCUUGCAGGUUGUAUAGAUGGAGGUGCUUUUGAAAGAUCUUGUUUCAUCUUCAAAGCUUUUGAGUGAUUUUAAAGAGAUGUAUGACUAUGAAAAUCGCUUAAAAACUUUCACUAACUGGCCUUUUGUGGAGAACUGCAAGUGCACUCCAGAGAAUAUGGCAAAGGCAGGCUUUAUCCACUGUCCAAGUGCAAAUGAAACCGAUGUGGCAAAAUGUUUCUUUUGCUUGAUAGAACUAGAGGGCUGGGAACCAAAUGACGACCCAUGGGAGGAACACACCAAACGUCGCAGCUGUGGCUUUCUAUCUCUUACUAAGCAGUUUGAUGACCUGACAAUGGAGGAGUACUACAUGCUGGAGAUGACACGGCUAAGAACCUUCCUUUGCAAAACUGGCAGAAGCAUAAUAAACUCCUUUGAAGAAGAAGUCGCUGCAACUAGGAAGCGUCUUGUGGAUAACUUUGUCUCCAGUCAUCAAUAUACACCACAACCGCCGGUGCCUAUCCAAGCUGAUCCCACUUGCCCACCUUCUGAAAGUUCAUAGGACCAGUCCAAAGAAGUCCAGAAGUAAAGUCAGACUCUGACUUUUUUUUCUCUUUAUACGGUAAAAGUAUUUUUAUUCAUAUGCAAAUACUAAUAUUAAGCUGAACAGUUGUUUGAGGAAGUAUAGAGGAUUUUUUAAUAAACUCUCUCGAGCAGAAGUAGUAACUGUUUUACUUCUAUCUUUCACAAAAUGCUUUGUUGUGGCUAGGCAUGGACUCAUACUAGUCCCAAUUACCUGUGAAUAUAUGAACAAUAUAUAAGCAAAUACUUGUAUCUCGCUUUGAGUAGGCUGACUUUUUUUGAAUAAAGAUGAAUAAUGGUAAGCAC